UCGAAGAAAAACGCCAGAAGAGGGAAAGAUGCGACAUCAAAACAACAUUUUUUUUCCGGACUGAACAAAUUAACAACUCAUGGACAACCUCAGUCGGUUGUCUUUGGAUUAAUAACAACACAGAUACAGCGAACACAGCAUUUCCAAAAAUGUCUGAAGGGGGUUUUGUUCCGAAAAGCCCUCCCCCGGAUUUGACAGCACGCAGCUCUCAGUCGUUUUACUGCUUGUAAACAGAUCCUCACACGUGACGAUGAGAAUCGCGGCUCUGCAUUGUCUCUAGUCGCACAAAGGGAGCCAGUUGGCGCAUAUAUCAGGCAGGUGAGCAGGGCAGGUGGUGGUGACAUGACGAGCCUGUCAUCUAACGAUAAUAAGUCGAGUUUUAUGUUUGUCUUUAUUUUUUAUUUAUUUAUGGGUGUAUGUGAGCUAGGUAUUUAAUGUGGUUCUUUUCUUUACCUUAGUAUCUGAUUUGAGGAAAAUUCGAGCAACGUUCUGAGAGUAACGUUAACCAACUCUUCAAGCGUGUAAACAAAGCUAGCCACUGUUGUUGGUUUUCUGUUAUCUUGGCUAGCCAUUUUAGCCUCCACGACGAACUGUGAAAGGUGGUAGGUUGUGCGUGAGCUCGCUAGCUCCGUUUUUUACUGGCUGGAUGAGAUGUCAUUCAUGAUGGAAGAUUCAGUAGAGUCGGACUGGGUGGCCGUUCGACCGAAUGUUUUCGACGAAAAGGAAAGGCACAAAUUUGUUUUCAUCGUCGCUUGGAACGAGAUCGAAGGAAAGUUUGCAAUAACCUGUCACAAUAGAACAGUACAGAAACGGACUGCGUUUCGGGAUUCGCUCUUUGAAGCGGUCGAAUGCGACUUCACAUCCCCGGUCACCGUCACAGCCGAAACAGACAAACACAAAGCUUCACUAAAAAGUCCCACCAAAAGGAAAGAUGACAUCUCACUGUCAGUUAAAGUUAGGUCAAACGUCAGCCCGACAGGAAAAAGCAAGAGAAAGAGUACCAUUCGGGAGACAACAAACGCAUUGGGUGCCUCAUCAAGGCCAGCCGAUAGUGUUAGCAAAACAGUGGGAUCGUGGGACAUCGUGUCCUCCAAGGUGACCGACAUCGAGGUCCUGGAACCAGCGGAUGUCCCUGGUGCGCCACGCUCCCCGGAUGAAGGCGACGGAGAGGAGUCGGAUAGCAGCCGGGAAGGCUACAGCUGGGCGGGGCUAUUCUCUUUCCAAGAUGUAAGGGCAGUCCACCUCCAGCUCUGUGCUGUCAAUUCGGACUUGGAGCCGUGUCUGCCCCCAUUCCCAGAAGAGCAAUCAGGCAUGUGGACAGUGCUAUUUGGGGCCCCUGAGGUUUCCCAACGGGAGACAGACGCCCUGUGUUACCAGCUCCAGGUUUACUUGGGCCAUGCUCUGGACACCUGUGGCUGGAAGAUUCUCUCCCAGGUGCUAUUUACAGAGAGUGAUGACACUGAAGAGUAUUACGAGAGUUUGAGUGAGCUGAGACAGAAAGGAUACGAGGAUGCUCUCCAGAGGGCCAAGAAACGACUCCAAGAGCUCUUGGAGAGGCACCGGUCCAUGGAGAGCAUGGUGGACCUGCUGCAGGUAUACCCAGAGGAAGACGAGGCCUAUGGAGAGUUACUGGAGGCUACAACACAACUAUACCACUACCUACUACAGCCCUUCAGAGACAUGAGAGAACUAGCCAUGCUACGCAGACAGCAGAUCAAGAUCUCCCUGGAGACGGAGCGCCUGGGGCCUCGUCGUGUGGAGGGGCUGAAGAGGGAGGAUGAGGAAUGGUCGAGGAAGGCUCAUGCUGCCGUCCUCUCCAUACAGGACCUCACCGUCAAGUUUUUUGAGACCACUGCCAAGGCUCAGAGAGCGGUGUACGAGCGGAUGCGCGUCGACCAGAGGAAGUUUGGCAAGGCGGCGUGGGCUGCAGCUGUGGACCGCAUGGAGCGUCUGCAGUACGCUGUCUCCAAGGAAACACUGCAGCUGAUGAGGGCCAAGGAGAUCUGCCUGGAGCAGAGGAAGCACGGCCUGAAAGAGGAGAUGCAGAGUCUGCAGGAGGGAGAGGAUGCUAUACAACGGUUGGACCAGAUGGAGGCGCUAUACUAUGAGCUUCAGCUGCAACUCUAUGACAUCCGGGCUGAGGUACUGCGUUGUGAAGAACUGCUGCUCAACGGCCAGCUUACCAGUCUACGCAGACAGAUCACUGAGCUCCAGGACCAGGUGGUGUACUAUGAUGCCUAUGAGAGUCCUGAUGCCAUGCGGGGGGUAGAGGACCCUUCUGCCCCUCCUCCCCCCCUCAGAGAUGAGCUCAGCCAGCUGCAGCAGAGGACCAGACAGCUGGAGGCACGCAGGGGACGCAUCACUGCCAAGAAGGCCUGCCUUAAGAACAAAAAGGAAAUCUGUAUCGUCAACCACAACCAGAAGAUUCAACAACGCCAAGGUAACCAGGACAACCACACUUCCCAUCAAGCACUGCAACAGCUAGGGGAAGGGCCAGAGGAGGAGGAGAGAAGUAACGCUAGAAUGAGUCUGGAUAGAUCCAGAACUCUGGACAGGCUGCGCAGCUUCAAACAGCGUUUCCCUGGUCAGGUGACUCUUAAGUCCAGCCGGCUGCAUAUGUCCCACGGCCAGUCCUGGAGGAGGGCUGCUUGUCCCCUGUCCCCUGUGGCGAGGCCUGAGACCCUGGCUGCCAGCGUCCAGACGGACACAGCUGACCUCCCGCAGCUCUCGGCCCCUUCUUCUGAUGCCUGCGGCCACCAGAGUGUCUCGCUGCCGCCACUAGGGGGCGCCACCGGGCCCCCCUCUGUCCCUUCCUCCCUGCCUCCCCUCUCAGAACUCCCAUCCUCGGUCCCUCCACCUCCUCCCCCUCCACCACCUCCUCCUCCACCCCCUCCAUCCUUAGAGGACCUCUCCAGUGAGGGAGGAGAGCAGGCUCACCCCAGCAGCCCUGUCCGGCAUUCCAAGGCUGGGUUGGAUUCAGAGCCUCUGCCCUUGUCUCCCUUCUCACCGCGCUUCUUCGACAGCAGUCAGCUGCAGACAGCCAGGAAGAAACUGAAGAAGACCGCCUCGCUGGACUCCUCACAGUGGAGGCGAGCGAGUUCUCCCAUGGACGAGGUCCUGGCCUCCCUGAAGAGAGGCAGCUUCCACUUACGUAAGGCAGAGCUCCGAGUGCUAGCCCCCGACCCGGAUGACGACGAAGGCAACAACAUUCUGGCCCAGAUCCGGCAGGGCGUUAGGCUGAGGAAGGUGCGGACUCGACCGGAGCAACAGCGGCACGCCAAAGGCUCGUUCUCCCACUCCGCCGACGCUCUAACCCGGUCAAUCCACGAAGCCCUGAGACGCAUCAAGGAGGCCUCGCCUGAGUCGGAGUCUGAGGACGAAGGGCUGCCCUGCACCGACUGGGAGAACUAGAUACCCAGUACACACACACACACACACACACGCACCCGCACACACACACUGGGAGAACUAGAUACCCAGUACACACACACAUGGUGCGUGCGCGACCUAGUUGGAGACUAAGGAUUAGGGACUCUGACCUUUACGGGGGUAGGCAUCCCUGGUCCUGGACAUCUAACCAACCAGUAAGACCAGGUGUGAUGUAUUUUAGUCAAUCACUGAACUGAUCACUCAGUUGGCCAGGUGUGGUGCCUAGUUGGAGCAGAAUCCUACAGUACCUGUGGAACUCCAGGAACAGCUGGACUAUUUCUUACUGUUUCGUCGUGUCUUUAAAAUGGACUGCUAGUCUUUCCUCCUGGUUUUCCAUGUUCUGUCGACUGACUCUUUGUUCUAUGAAGGCAAACACGUUGACUCUCGAAAUGAAGUCACAAUGUAAAAUGCAGUGAGAAGGUAUUUACUCCCUUCCUGAUUUCCUAUCUUAUUGCAUGUUUGUCACACUGAAUUAUUUCAGAUCUUCAUACAAAAUGUCUUUUUUUUUUUAAGGAGAAACGUUAUCCAACACCAAUUGGCCUUGUGUGUAAAAUUGUUUGCCCUCUUAAUUGCUGAAUCAACCCACUAACCUCAUUCAAAUGAUCUUUGGAUUUAAUUAGAGCAGACACACCCAGGUUUGACUACUGCCUGCCUUGUUCAAUCUAAACAUUACAAAGGUCAGCAGUCAUGAUUUGACAAUAAGAAAGAGACUGGGCAAAAAUGUAAUGGGUGAAUUGAAAGGCCAAACCACUGCUAAGAGAAACAUUAGUGCUUGUCUCACAUUUCUGCGUAUAGACUAGUCAAAAGUGGAACAUUUUGGAAGUACAGGCCAUGUUGAGUCUGACUUAAAGCAAACAGCAUUUCACACUAAGAACAUUAUCCUAACAGUUAAACAUGGUGGAGGUAGUGUGAUGGUGUGGGGAUGCUUUGCUGCCCCAAGGCCAUCAUUGAAGGAACCAUGAAUUCUGCUUUAAAAUUCUGAAAGAGAAUGUCCGGUCAUCUUUAUGUGAUUUGAACCUGUAGAGUAAUUGGGUUAUGCAGCAAAAUGAAGGUUUUGUAGUGGCUUAGUCUGUCCUGACUGAACCCCAUUGAGAUGCUGUGGCAGGACCUUAAACAAGCAGUUCAUGCUUAAAAACCCUCCAAAGUCACCGAAUUACAGCAAUUCUGAUGAGUGGACCAAGAUUCCUCCACAGUGAUAUGAAAGACUUAACAGAGGAAAUAAGGAAGGGGGCAAAUACCAUUUCACAGCACUGUAAAUCCAAUUCCCUUUGAUUUUUCUUUGUUUUAUUUCUGGACAGAAUAGGGGAGAUUAGGCCUUUUGUCAUUCCAACGACUGGAGAGCUAGGGUUCUGGGAUUCGUCAUGUAAAAUGAACUAUAAAGGUUUGGAGAGUUUAGGUUGUAGGCUCCGGUGGAGAGUGUUAUACAUUUGACAGGAUUGAGUGUUUUCUUCAAUCUUUAUUAAACACCUGUAAAAUAAGGUGUGUUAUUACUUGGGUGGAACAAAAGUCUGCACCCACACCAGCCAGCUCUGCAACUUGACCACCCAGCAUGGAGGUCAACAUGUUUUCUGUACAGCCACCCGAUCUCUCCAGAUUACACAGAGCUGACAUGUUCCUUAUACCAUAUUCAAAUUGCAUCAUGAAGUGUGUUGUUUCUGUUGAUGGCUUUUUAGUGUGCUUUUACAUUUUCUCCAUGGCAUUGAGUGUUUCUUUAUUCCACCAACAUUAGUUGUCAUUGUAAUUCCAAUAGUACAGAUUCUUGUUUACACUUAAUCAUUUUCAUCAUUCUUGUAUCGAAAACUUGUGUCAAAACUGAAACUAUUCCUGUAAGAACAAUCUCUGUUUACUGUAAUGAUUCAUGCACUGAGUAUGAAGAGAGAAUUUCGUACUGUUAAAAUCUGAAGGACUGAAAGUGUACAGCUGCUGUCCAAGUUGACAUUAGGCCAGGUCAAAGGUGGUAGUACUGUAUUUUUUCGGCACCAUCUUUUGUGGACUUGAAAAACACUCAGAUAGAAAUGUACGGUGCAGAACUGGUAUGAUUGUUUGUUUUUUUAAAACAGGCAUAUUGUUUGGUCUAUUCAUUACUAUUCUAUCUGUGUGUUUACCUUGAAUCCACCGGUGGUGUGUUAACUAACCUCAGUGAGUCAGAGAGCUGAGCCUAUGGAGCUCAUGUUUCAAGCCGUGUCUUCGUGGCCAGUGGUCAAAACCUAAUCAUGUCAUGUGACUUUCUGCAGCAUCCACUUAUCUCUGGCUUCGUCUCCGUAGUCUGAAGUGGCUUCUGGAGCAAAUAAGCAGGAUUCUGGAGAACCAGAGAAUUUAAAGUUCCCAGAAUUGUGGGACUACCCCCCCCUCCCCUCCUCUGCACUAUUUACAGUUAGUAGGUGACAACAAUACAGUGGAAUCACUCAGAGGAAUUAGCUGUCAACUUCCCAGAUCUAUUAGUGCAGAUGUAGAGGUGGCAGCCAUUUUAGUUAUGUUGCAGAACUAUAUUUUCUCUGUAGAGUACAUACAAUAUAUGUCUGUUUCUUGGAAAAUCAUGUUUAUUUCUCAUCUCCAUUGUAUUUGGGGUCUCUUAAUAUAUUUUGUUUCUUUUAUACCAAUCUUUUUGAUAUAUUUGAUUUGUAAAAUCCAAAUAUGGUAUUAUUAAUUUACAAUUUGAGCUGUCUCUCUUCCUGUCUUCAGCUAACACUACAGUUUGACCUAACCUUAUGCAUGUGACUGGCCUAUUCUGACCAUAAGAUUAGUAUGUCACUAGAUAAGUGCAAUAUUAUUAUAUUAAACUUAAAAAUAAAUAUUUGGCAUAUGUAUUAUAAUGUAAUGAAGUGUACAUCCUGAACAUACAUCAGCAUGCUUAAACUUCCUAAGUAUUUAUUUAGUAAAAACGUCCAUGUUUUAAGAGUAAGGAUUUAUAAAGCAAUAUCAUACAAAAUGUAUAUGUCCUUUCUAAGAUUUUUUUUUUUUACUUGUCUUUUCCUAUCAUUGCAUUCCUAACUGCUUUAUACUGUAUAUCCCAGUUAUUUUUUUCCCUUCAAAAUAAAACCAAGUACC